GGCGAACGCGGGUUUUGUUCUCAUGAGUACUUUGUCUCUCAUCAGUCGCGACUUUGAUCUUUCCUCUGCUGCUACUGACCAGUCGUUAACGGCCAAAUGUAGUAAACUAGAGGCGGUGGUGGAAAGGUUUACCACUUUUCAAACAGAACGGUCCGACAGAGCCAGAGAGGAAUCCUCCGCUUACAGAGAAAAGGCCAUCACUGAAAGAAAGCAAAAGCUCGAAGCUAAACAGCAAGCCAAGCAACGAGUAGCUGAAGGCAAGAAAGAACUGAAGGAAGUGAACAAGAUGAGAAAGAAGUUGAUGAAAGAUAUUGAUUCUGUCAGUAAAGAGCUGCAUGAGAAACUUCAGAUUGUGGAUGAAGAAACGAAAGCUAAUAUGAAACGAGAGGAGGAAAGGUCUGCUAAGGUCGACAGGGUCACGGAAAAUUUACAGAAGAUUUUGGAUAAAUUUCAUCUUCAUUUCAGAAAGAUCAAAGGUUGUCAGAUCCAAGCAGUUUUCAAUUAUGUUGAUCGGGACGAUCAAGACAGGAACUGUUACUUUAUUGUGAAGCUGUUGGAUGGCAAAGUGUAUGAAGUCACUCAGACAAAUCCAGAAGUUCAAGAUGUAGACAAGCUAGUUGCUGAACUUAAUGCAUCGCAAAACUUUAGCAGAUUUGUGUGUACGAUCCGCAAACGCUUUCAGAUGGCUAUAGAGGAGGAAAAGAAACUCUCAUGAACUCUGCAUUGUAGCAGAAUGCCCAUACACUUUGUCUAUAAAUUGUAAGCAUAGUAAUAGCUAAUCAGCAAACAACUGUAACCAUAUAAAA